AUGUCACUGCCUGAGGUCGCUGAUUCCCACCUGUACUCUGCGCUGAACACAAAGUGUGAGAGCCUGGGUUCCCCCCCGGCCGCGCCUUCCUUGUGCAGGAGCAGCCCGGAGCUGGGGCCGAGGCCCCGGCGAUAUCGAGCGCUGCCGCUGUGGCCCGUCCCGUUCUGGGCCCCGGAGCGGAUUCCUCCCCCUCCGCCCGGGGACCGAGGGGGCACCAGGGCUGGAAGGGAGCGGGGACCGAGGCCCGCCCGGCGUCACCGCCCCCGGCCCGGCCCCGACACUCGGGUGCCGCGGUUGCCGGGGAAGCGCGGGCGCGGCCACAGCGGCUGUGACGGCGCCGCCGCCUCAGGGCUGUCAGGUGCCCUGAGACAGAGCUGGUUUGGGGUUUCCCCACCAGAGAUUGUAUUUCAGAACUUCGUCGCUCCGGAGGUCUCUGAGAUGGAGCUGUCUCUCAUUAAUAAGGACAAGAUUCCUUGGCUGGUGAAGGUGUGCAUGGAGAGCUGCCCCUAUUUCCAGCUGGCGUGCCCCAGGGAUGUGUACCAUGUGGUGCCAGCAGGCGCCUCUGUCCCUGUGCGCAUCCGCUUCAGCCCCGCCGAGAACAAGGAUUAUUGCCACGAGCUGGUCUGCAUGACAUCAAGGGAAAGGAUAGUUGUGCCAAUUCGGGCCAUUGGUGCCCGAGCUGUCCUGGACUUCCCUGCCCAGCUGGACUUCUCCAAGUGUGCAGUCAAGGGCAGCACCCAGAAGACUCUGCUGGUGCACAAUGUCGGUACCCGGGCAGCUCGUGACCAGCUGAGCACCCAGAG